CUGCUCCUGCAAGGGUCAGUAGCGCUCCCCACAGCAUGGUGGGAGCCUCGCUUCUCCAGCACGGGCCUUGCCAACAUUCCACUAACUCCCGAGACUCAGCGGGACCAGGAGCGGCGGAUUCGAAGGGAGAUCGCCAACAGCAACGAGCGGAGGCGCAUGCAGAGCAUCAACGCAGGAUUCCAGUCCCUCAAGACCCUCAUCCCCCACACAGAUGGAGAGAAGCUCAGCAAGGCAGCCAUUCUCCAGCAGACAGCCGAGUACAUCUUCUCCUUGGAGCAGGAGAAGACCAGGCUCCUGCAGCAGAACACACAGCUCAAGCGCUUCAUCCAGGAGCUGAGCGGCUCGUCCCCCAAGCGACGGCGGGCAGAAGACAAGGACGAAGGCAUCGGCUCUCCGGACAUCUGGGAGGACGAGAAGGCGGAGGACCUGCGGCGGGAGAUGAUUGAGCUGCGGCAGCAGCUGGACAAGGAGCGCUCGGUGCGCAUGAUGCUGGAGGAGCAGGUGAGGCAGCGCCCUCUGCUGGGCGCGGCGCGCG